GCUGCUUGCCGCGUCGUGCUAUUCCCCUCAACGUUGGGUGAUUCGGUGUUGGGUUGCCUGCCUCGGAUUCAACGCCUUGGGAAUUUCUCCUGUUGCUCUUCCCUUCCAUAGAUCUCUCCUGGACCGAUGGCGUCUCUCCUGCAGUCCCGUCCCGUCUGCUCGGCCGUUCGCAAGCAGUCGACGGUUCUACCUACCUAUCUUCAAAAUGCUUCGCAGUCCAUUGCUUCUACUUCAAGGACAUGUAGCUCAUUCUCUACACUAUCUUCAUCCACUAGAUUGAUCAAUUCUCAACAUUCCCUCCGGUCCCUCCAACGCUUCAAUCCCCGCUCCGCAGCCCCUACACAGCAAUGCCGGACCUUCCUGGUACAACUAAAACGCCAGUCCCAGACCCUGAAAGAGAACGCCCCUUCGACAGCUACUUCCCUCCCAUCAUCGGCCAAUUUGCAACUCACAAAUCUUCCCUAUUUCAUUCGUCGCACUGCCUCGAACCAACUUCCAGUAUACCUGGUCACCAAAGCCGGUGGUACCAAGCAGCAGACCAAGAUACAGAAGACCGAAGGUGACCUGGAUGCGUUAAGGAACGACCUUGCACAGUAUCUGGGUCUUGAAUCCGGCGAGCCUCGCUCUCCCAAGAGCUCAGACAUCACAAUCAACCGCCUUAAUGGACACAUCGUUGUCAAGGGCUGGCGAAAGCCUGAGAUUCAGAAAUUCCUCUUGGAGCGUAAUUUUUAGAAGACGAAGAACCAAUAAAAGCCCUGGAUAUGAGUAAUUUGCACGUUCCUCUCCAUCUCCCUCCACUAUCCGCUCGAUCAUCGACUUCCUACCCAUUUUCCAGGCAAAAGUUUGAACCAGAGGGUUAUAUGUCGAAUCCACCGCAGGGCAUCCAGGAACUUAAGUCUGCCGAAAUCAAUAACACACAAGUGGAAAGUAGAAUGGAGAGAAUACAGGCAGCAAACACCUGAUUGAGAAGGUCUUUGCUGAUCAUCGGCUGAGGAUGGUCCCAUUUACUUUCUACUGCACCCCUUCUUCUUUUUCCUCUUAUCUAGCUUUUAUUUGCUCUGUAUUAUUUUCCGUGCUGGGUGUUCUGUCGCAUUUUCAGUUUUGUUCGUGUCGUCGGAAGUUCGGCUUGUAUUCUGGCAUGUUUCUGCCAUUUUCUCACGUCCUGAUCUCACCUCUCCAUCUGCUUCGUGCCACUCUUCUGUAUCUUUGUACAUUUCCAUGACUUCACGGUUGCUUUUGCGCUAAUCCUGUGGCUAAUGUCGACGAAUGGCUGGGUUCUCGUGGGCGGAGUACAGCAUGCGCAAACAGAAUAAUUAGGUCUAGGCAGUAAAUCUGAAUAUGUCUUGAUAGACGCUGGUCUGGCGCCUUGA